AUGGCGGCCCGCGCAGAUCUCGAGUCUCAUACGGCGAAGCAGCCCGAAGGCCUUGUCAACGAGCUUGUGGGCUCGUCAAACUCUUCGACAACCGAGGAGGCAAAGCCUAACCCUCCAAUGUACUGGAAGCUGAUUGCCGUGAUUCUUAUCUCCUGCAUCAGUUUCGGGUCAUCAUGGAGUUCAGGUAUCACCGGCGCUCUGAAGUCCACCUUGAAGAAGGAGCUGCACAUCAACAACAAGCAGUUUUCGCUGCUCGAGGCCAGUGAAGACUUCAUGGUCACCCUUUUAAUUCUCUUCAGCGGAAUGGUAACGGACAGGAUCGGUGGUGCCGGCGCCAUGCUAUAUGGCAACAUUAUUUACUCGAUUGGAUCCAUUAUUGUCGCUGCCGCCGCCCAAGUCCGCUCUUUCAAGCUCAUGAUUGCUGGCCGAGUUAUCCUCGCCCUUGGCGACAUUGCGACCCAAGUGGCGCAGUACAAGGUUUUUAGCUCCUGGUUCUCGCCGAACAACGGUUUCGCUUCGACCCUGGGUCUUGAGCUCGGCAUCAAGAAGAUUGGUGGCUUCGUCGGCAAGUCUUCAGCCAACAUCAUUGCGAAGAACACUGGCAACUUCGCGUGGGUCUUCUGGAUCUCUGUGUUCAUGAACGUCUUCACCAAUGUCCUCACCCUGGUCUUCUACCGUUUCAACGGCAUCGCUCACAAAAAGUUUGGCAACAUGAAGGAUCCGGCGACAGGCGAGAAACUUACCGAGAAGUCCAAAAAGUUCCAGCCGAAGCAGGUGCUUGAGUUGCCUUGGGCCUUCUGGGCCAUCAUGGCGUUCUCGCUAUUCCAGACGAGCACCGCCGUAGUCUUUAGCCAAAACGCCACCGAGCUGGCUGAAAAGAGAUUCAAUACUGACUCCAUCACUGCUGGCUGGUACUCCGCAAUUUUGCAAUAUGCCGGUUUCUUCUUAGUGCCGUGCCUCGGGGCCUUCAUUGACAUAUUGGGCAACCGUAUCACACUGCUCGCAAUUUGCGGCACCGGAGUCUUCCUAGCAAUGAGCCUGAUCAACUGGGUCACUGAUACCAAGGGCGCAGCUGCUGCCUUCGGCAUCUAUGCGGUUGCCUUCACCCUUGGGCCUACCACAAUCAUCGACAGUAUUCGGACCUCCAUGUGGCAUGCGUCUACCUUCGGGACCGCUUACGCCGUCAAGAUGGCCAUGAACAAUUCUAUGAACAUCAUCGUUCGUGUUGUGACCGGUGUCAUCCAAGACGCCGAUAACGACAGCUACGACCACGUCGUCAUCGUCUAUGCCAUUCUCUCCGGAGCAUCCGUGUUGGUGUCCAUCAUAUUGAUUGCACUGUCUUGGUGGUCCAUUGACCUCGGAAACUUGCAAUGGACAAGGAAGCAGCGCAUCGCCCAUGGCGAGCUAUGGAACGAGAGGAAGAGGGUUUUCUAUGAAGACAACGGGCCGCGGAACAAAAUCAUCUCCAAGGCAUGCUUUGGUGCACUGAUCAUGCUGAUCUUUGGAGCUUGGGCAGCGUACUUUUGGGGCAUCGCAAGCGGUCACAACUCUUGA